ACAAAACAGAGAACAGAUGAAGAGAGAAUCAAAUCAAAUCAAUUAAUCAGAACAGUGGGAAUCUUGUUGCUGGUGAAUUGGGAUUGGUCUAUCUGAAUUUUGAUGACGAAUUAAAACCCAGCCAGUAUCAUAAGUUAUUGCUGGAAGAUGGGGUUAGGAAGAACCGUACAUCCUGCACUUAAGUCUCUGAAUAUGGUGGUGGUGAUAAGUAAAACAAGAUUAAAAUCAAAAUCCAAUGUGGGUUUCUUUCUAUGUAUCAGAGGGAGAAACAGAAAGAGAGUAAGAGAAGCAAAAUGGAGAGCAGCAAGCUUGUUGAACCAGUAGAUGACAUGAAACAUCAUUUCUUUAAGAUCUUACAAGGAGAAGUAGAGAACAGAGUGCGCAUUCCUGAGGCAAUCUGUUCUAGAUUACCCACAGACUCUCCAAGAUGUGGAUUGGCAGUUGUUGAGGGUCCUAAUGGAGCAUCUUCGAUUGUAGAAGUGAAUAAAACACAAGAUGGCACCUACCUUGAGGAAGGCUGGGAAAUUUUUGUGCAAGAGAAUGGCUUUAAGAAGCUUGAUUUCCUAGAUUUUAGGCAUGAUGGUGGAAUGCAGUUCCAUGUUGAGGUUUCCAAGGGAAAUGGAUAUCCAAGAGAAGAGCGUUUUGUUCAUGUUCCUUCUCCAGUUCCUUCGCAAGAAAGUCAUGGACCACGAGAAGAAUGUUUCACUCCUGUACCUUCCCCGCUUGGGCGGGAAAGAAAUCAACAUGGAAGCCCAUGUGAAAAUUCAAAGUUGAAAAAGAGAGACUCUUUUAAUCAGGAGAAGUUUGCUUCAGCAAUAGAAGUUGAGAGCAAAGUCAAAUCUUUCAGUUCUCCCUUUCCUUUCUUCUGGACCUCUGUCAAGCUCUCCAAUGUUUCUCGUAUGACUAUACCGGCUCAAUUUGCAAGAGAACAUCUUCAAACGAAUAUGAAAGGUGCCGAAGAAAAAAUGGAUGUCUUGCUACAAAAUGAGGAAGGCGGCAUUUGGGAGCUUGGUGUCUGCUCAUGUGCAACCCAAAACUAUUUCAUUAAAGGCUGGAAAAUGUUUGCCACAGACAACAAGCUGAAAAUCGGUGAUUUUGUGAUCUUUGAACUCAUUGAUAAACAUCCAGGUGGAAAGUUAGUAAUGAGUUUCCAUAUUUACCGAGUUCCUGUCCUUGAAGAAUGCCUCACUCCUGUACCUUCUCCACUUGGGCGAGAAAGAAAACGACAUGGAAGCCCAUCUGUAAAUUCAACAUUGAAAAAGAGAGGCUCUUUCAAUCACGAGAAGUUUGCUUCAGCAAUAGAAGUCGAGACCAAAGUCAAAUCUUUCAGUUCUCCCUUUCCUUUCUUCUGGACCUCUGUCAAGCUCUCCAAUGUUUUUUAUUUGAUUAUACCGGCUAUGUUUGCAAGAGAACAUUUUCCAACUAAUGAAAAAAUGGAUGUCUUGCUGCAAAAUGAGGAAGGCUGCAUUUGGGAGGUUGGUUUCAGCUCAUGUGUCUCUAAAAGCUGUUUCAUUAAAGGCUGGAAAAUGUUUGCCACGGACAACAAGCUGAAAAUUGGGGAUUAUGUGAUCUUUGAACUCAUUGAUAAACGUCCAGAUGCAAAGUUCGUAAUGAAUUUCCAUAUCUAUCGAGUUCCAGUCGCUGUUGAGGAUGAUCCUGACGAUUCAGAAGAAUGAAGUGGCUCUUCAGCCUGGAGUAUCAGAUGUUUUACUACCUAAACCUUUCCAUUUAGAUGUUUUUGUUUUUACCAUUUUGCUGUUGGAUUUUUAUUUGAAACUUAGUGUUUCAUUUCAUCAGAAGACGCACAAAAACAUUUAGUUUAUGUGAUAUGGGAUUCAUUAUGCAAUGAGGUACUUUAUUCA